AUGGGAAAAAAGCAGCUACUCUGGAUGAUUGCGUUGGCUCUUUUGGCCGUUAUAGCUCUUGGCCGUUGGAUUGCGGACGCCCUUGACUUUCAGCACAGACAUCGGCAGGGCAACCUGGGGUCACCACAAGGUACAUCAGAACACGCCUAUAAGCAACAAUCAGAGGCUUCUGGCGAUACAGUGUAUCAUGACUACGCGCUUCCUAGCUGGUACCACUCGUAUGCUGAGAUGUUAGAAGAGCUGCAGAGACUGGGGUCUUCUUGUGGCCUCGAAUUGAUGCAGAAGACGGAAGACGGCGUUAGGGUGGACUUCUUCGUACUGAAGGCGAGUUCGAUCCCAUCCGAACGCCUUUUUCUUCUCGCUGGAGACCACGCCCGAGAGGUCGUUGCCCCUGAAGUUGUGUUUGCCUUCCUGAAGACCCUCUGCAGGGGCGAGGGGCUUCCCCAGGAGAGAGCCAGCCUCCAUGCACGGAGAAGCAAUCUGGAGGUUAUGGCUGUGCUCAGUGUUAGCUCCGCAGCGAGAGAAGCGGGGGCAUACUGCAUGCGAACUAAUCCGAGGGGUGCAGACCUCAACCGCGACUGGGAAGCCUCAGCAGCAGCAGCCACUAUAGGCCUAGCAAGGGUAGGGCGCCCCCAACAACCUGAGACGCGCAUCCUUCAGUCUGUGCUGAAAGAGUACCAGCCAACUGCUUUCGUGUCUGUGCACUCGGGGGAUUACGGUGUCUAUCUGCCAAGUGGCGCUCCAUCAAGGCCUCAAGAAAGGCACUUUUCUAGCGACCGUGAUGGUCCCUCCUCCAGUUUUGCAGAGGGCACAUUCAUGGGGGCGGCAUCGAAGCAGGAGACCGUUGCUGGGCAAGUUCGAGCCUCCGCCUGCGUCCUGGAGGACCAGCCGUGCGAUUUUGGCUCUAUUGCGAACUUCUUCCAUGCGAAAGGCAACGAACUCGACUGGGUGAUGCACACCCUGGGAGCCCCCACAGGGCAAGCCACCGUUGUCUUGGCCCUGGAGGUGUAUCGACAGCAGCGCCCCGCCCUGAAAACCGCCGUAUCAGAGCUCAUCUCCCUUCUGGGAGCCACCGAGGCCCUUCUUGAGACGCCGCUCCCCGAGGUGGGAGCAGUGGCGGAUUUGCUGCCUGUGCCCCUUGCCGGGCAUAAAAGCCGCUUCUUAGCGGGGGCCCCCCCGACAGGGCGACAAGACGCUGAGAGCCUCACCGCCUGGCAGCUCGCGAGGCCCCCGGGGGACCGCAUAAGCUGCUUCCUACAUUUUAACCCCUCAAGUAGGGGGGGGCUCAGGGCAGUUGUUGACCACUGGGUCGGUACCCUUUUCGCCCUCGUGCAGGCCCUAUAG